UGUCGAUACCGCUGGAAAUAAUGUUUUCACUCUGACAACUGAAGCGUCAACUAGCAGUAGACGCUAGUUUUACAGUUGUCCAAGACAAAACUGUUCCGUUAACAUUAGUUUUACCCCCGCUAGAAAAGGAGAGACACCAUGGAUGUUGAUUCAGUGUUCUACACUGAUCGAAGUGGAAAAGUCACCAGUAACCCCUUGCUCGACCAGCUCCCCAGCUACCAGUCCCUACUCUACCGCAGGAAGCCGUCCAAUACUGGUACCAAGCGAAAGAGCAGCUCUCGAGGUCGUAUCAGCUCCUCUGGCAGUUGGAAAUGGAAUCUGAGUACUGUAAAUCGACGUGAUGAGAAGCAUAAGAGCCAAGUGGAGCAGAGACCAAUUAGAGAGCAACCAAAGACGAUGGCUGAGAAACGUAGAGACAAAGCACUACGCCUAGAAGAAGAUGCAGAGCUCAGCAGCUGGAGACAGUGGAGACAAAGCACCCACAGGUACCUCCGCAGGCUGCAAGAUGAUGUCCAUGAGUGGCUGACUGCCCUGCAGCUCUGGAGGGGUGACAUCCAUCUAAUAGAGGGAAUGUUUGGCACUGGCAUUUUGUCCUAUUUUUCUUUCCUACGCUUCCUUGUCAUGCUCAACCUGAUCAUCUUCACUUUCAUGUUCAGCUUCAUCUUGUUACCCAUCAUAAUUGCCCCCCAUGCCUCAGGGAACAUCACCUAUAACAAGGAUGAUGGUAGCAAUUGCAGUUUUUAUCCAGGCAGUGCUCGCAAAGGUCUUGUCAUUUUUCAUGAGCACAUAACAGAUCUCUUGUCUGGUGGAGGCUUUCUUGAGCAGACCUAUCUGUUUUAUGGCUACUACAGAGUGGACAAAAUCCACUUCCCCAAAAUCACCUAUAAUUUGCCUCUAGCCUAUCUACUGGUCACUGUGGCAUACCUCUUAUUCAGUCUCGUGUGGAUUGUUAAAAGGUCUGCCACAGGUUUCAAACGCAACCUGGUUCAGGAUGAAGACCGGUUCCAGAGUUUUUGUAACAAGAUCUUUGCUGGAUGGGACUUCUGUAUCACCAAUGAGAAUGCAGCAAGGCUCAAAAGGAGCAGUCUACUUUAUGAAUUAAGGACAGAUUUAGAGGAGGAAAGGAUCAAACAAAAAAUUGCAGAUCGCACCCGUAAAGAGAAAUGUCGCAUUUAUCUUUUACGCUUAAUCCUCAACUUGUUUGUCAUUGGUGUAUUGGCUGGUUGCUUCUACAGCAUUUACAUUGCCACCAUUUUCUCCCAGGAAGCACAGAUAACUAAAAUUAAGGUGAAUUUUAUUGUGGAUCUCAUCCUCGAGUAUCUGCCAUCAAUUGUUAUUACUCUGGCAAACUUCAUCACUCCCCUCCUCUUUUCGGUCAUCAUCAACUAUGAGGACUAUUCACCUGCUUUCGAGAUCCGUUUCACUCUCAUGAGGUGUGUAUUCAUGCGAUUGACCAGUAUUGGAGUUUUGCUCUUCUCCCUCUGGUCACAGAUCACUAAUUGUGAUGUAGAGCCAUGCCCAUGCGGCUAUAACCAUUUGCUGUACUCAUGUUGGGAGACGCGUGUUGGCCAGGAAAUGUACAAACUCACCAUUUUUGACUUCAUAAUCAUUGUGGCCGUUACCAUCUUUGUGGAGUUUCCCCGAAAGCUCAUAGUAAAGUACUGCGACUGUGGCCUUGUGAAAUGGUGGGGUCAACAAGAGUUUGCUAUCCCUCAGAAUGUUCUUGAGAUUGUCUAUGGCCAGACGAUUUGUUGGAUCGGCACAUUCUACUCCCCAAUGCUGCCUGCCAUCUGCACGAUUAAGUACUUUUUUAUCUUCUACAUAAAAAAGGUGUCAUUGAUGAAGAACUGUCGUCCAGCCACACGUCCUUUCAGAGCAUCAAGUUCAAACUUUUUCUUCCUGGGUGUGCUGCUGAUCGGCCUUAGUUUGGCCUCUGUGCCUGUUAUUGUUAGUGUCGGACAGAUAAACUCCUCCCAGGCCUGUGGUCCAUUUGUGAAUUACACCACUUCAUGGGAGGUGCUGCCAACCGCCAUAUCCCAGCUACCCAGUGGAGUCCAAACUCUUCUCUUUGCUGUCUCAUCUGAGGUCUUUGCUGUAUCCUUCUUUGUUGUUACAUGUUUGGCCAUGUUUUAUGUGAUUGCGCUAGCCGGCGCACACAAGAGGGUUAUUAACCAGCUUAGGGAGCAGCUAGCCAUGGAAGGUCGAGACAAGCAUUUCUUGAUCCAGAAAUUGUGCCAGGCUCAGAAACUCAACGCUAUCAUGUCCCCUGGAUUGGAAAGCCAGCGGCGGUGCAGCAGAAGCAGCCCCAGUUAUCACACCAGCUUCUCCAAUAAUUUUCCGGAAGGGGUGUUCCUUGCACACUCUCCCCCAGACACUUCCACGCAUGUGUGAAGCAAGACUGAAGAGUUGGGAAUUACACAACAAUACUACACUGGACAAACAAGUUGUUGGAUGGUACCAAACUGUUAGUUUUAAUAUGAUGUAGUCUUUUCGCUAACAAAAUGUCUUGUCUUUUUUUAAAAAGUAUGUAUGUAUGUAUGUAUGUAUAUAUAUAUGUGUGUGUGUAUCUAUUCCUUCUGAGAAGGACUUCACGACCAACAUCAAUUCUUUACUCGUAUACUGUUCUUGUGCACUACAUAAUAAUUAACACUAAGUAUUGUCUUUAUAACAUUAGAUAUUACAGAUAACAUCUGUACUGUGGUUAUGCAAAAAAAAAAAAAAAAAAAUGGCUGGAUAUAUGUGUGUAUAUAUAUAUAUCCAGCCAUUUUUUGGGGGGGUACAAUAUAGACGAUGCUGUGCAGGCCAUAGGCAACAGUUCAGUAUAUAAGUAUUGUCAAUAUUAGUUGGUAUCGUUUGCUGUUGUUUCUGUAUUCCGGGGUGUUGUGUUUGA